AUGCCGAACAACCCAACCACAGCUAUGGAGGAGCACACCUCCCGGGACAAGUCCCUCUGGAUAUUCGGCUAUGGAUCCCUGGUGUGGAGACCCGAUUUUGAAUUCACUUCCAGUAAAGUUGGCUUCAUAUCUGGCUAUAGCCGCAAGUUCUGGCAGGGAGACACCUUCCACAGAGGAAGCCCGCAAAUGCCCGGGCGAGUGGUGACCUUACAAGAGGAUUAUGAGGAAUGCACAUGGGGUGUUGCAUAUGAAGUGCGUGGAGAUCAGAUUGAAUCUUCUCUUCAAUAUUUGAAUGUACGAGAGUCUGUCCUUGGAGGCUACAUCACGAAACUGGUUAAAUUCUACCCUCAGGAUGAGGGGGAAGAAGGCGCAGUACUUGCCAUGGUGUACAUAGCCACUCCACAAAACCCUAGUUACCUUGGACCAGCCUCUGAGGAGGAAAUCGCAGCUCAGAUUGUAGUGUCCAGUGGACGGGCAGGCCAUAACAUUGAAUAUCUCUCUUACGGCUUGCGGCCUUUAUGCAUAAUUAUUGUCCAGAAGCUGAAGACAAGCAUCUCUUUUCCAUUGAAGGGGCUUUAAUUUCCAUCCUUCCAUACUAUUAUAAUACAAAUGAUCCUUCAUCCGUGUUCUGCUAA